AUGGGGACCCCCAUGACCAUCUCCUGGCAGUCCCCCGUGGAGACACCACCUCCCCUGCCGCCCCCCCAUCACAGUGCCUUGCUGUGCCCGUGGCGAUCCCCAUCUUUGCCUCCAGCCCUGCGGGCCCAGUUUCUGAGCCCAGCUGGGAGUGCUGCGGAGGUGAGGCUGGAGGCUGGUGGCAGGCCCUGUGCUGGGAGAGUGGAGGUGAAACACCAGGACCAGUGGGGGACGGUGUGUGACGAUGGCUGGGACAUGGAAGAUGCUGCUGUAGUUUGUAAGCAGCUGGACUGUGGAUCUGCUCUCCAAGCCCCUCAGUAUGGAUAUUUUGGGCCAGGAUCUGGGCCGAUUUGGCUGAGCUAUCUUGAGUGUGAUGGCACCGAGGCUGCCCUGUCCGAGUGCAGUCAUGAUGGUUGGGGUGAACAUGACUGCAUUCAUGCUGAGGAUGCUGGAGUGAUGUGUUCAGGAUUUGUCCAGCUGGUUGGAGGAGACAGCCCCUGCUCAGGACGUGUGGAGAUCAGAGAUGGACACCUGAAGAGAACAGUCUGUGACUCUCACUUCGGUCUCAAAGCUGCCAAUGUUAUCUGCAGGGAGCUGCAGUGUGGCACAGCCCUGUCCGUCCCCGGAGGAGCUCACUUUGGAGAGGGGGUCGGGCCCACCUGGAACGGAGAGCUGCAGUGUGUGGGGAAUGAAUCCCUCCUCUCCUCCUGCCCCAGGAUGUCCCUCAGCAACCAGACCUGCACCCAUGCCAACGAUGCUGGUGUCACCUGCACACAGUACACAGGAUUCAGGCUGGUGAAUGGCAGCACGGUGUGUUCGGGGCGGGUGGAGAUCCAGGUGCUGGGAACCUGGGGAAGCCUCUGUGACUCUCGCUGGGACGUCGCCGAUGCCCACGUUCUCUGUCAUCAACUCAACUGUGGAUUUGCUGAGUCCGUUCCUGGAGGAGGGCAUUUUGGGAGAGGAACCGGCCCUGUCUGGAGAGACAGCUUCCACUGCAACGGGACUGAAUCCCAUUUGGGACAGUGCCCUGUGACUGCCCUGGGGGCCUCCCCAUGCUCACAUGACAACGAUGCUGGUGUUUUUUGCUCAGGACCCUCUGAAUCCCUGCGGCUGGUGGACGGAGGGAGCCGGUGUGACGGGCAAGUGGAGAUGUCCCUGCACGGGGCGUGGGGCAGAGUCCUGGAUGACCAGUGGGACAUGGACGAUGCCAGCGUGGUGUGCCGGCAGCUCCAGUGCGGAGAGGCAGAGCGAGCCUACAACCCGCCGAAGCCUGAGCGAGGGACGGGCCCUGUGGGGCUGAGAAGGGUCCGGUGUGCAGGGGAGGAGACUCGCCUGGCCCUCUGCAACACCUCCCUGCUGGAGGCAGCGCCGGCAGGAAUUGCUGAGGACGUGGGGGUGGUUUGCUCGGGGAGCCGGCGGGUCCGGCUGGUGAACGGGACAAGGCGCUGUGCCGGGAGAGUGGAGAUCUACUACCGGGGCACCUGGGGGACCGUCUGCGAUGACUCCUGGGACCUGUCUGACGCCACCGUGGUUUGCCACCAGCUGGGUUGUGGGGUGGCUGUGGAGGCGGCCGGCUCUGCUCGUUAUGGGGAAGGCUCCGGGCAGAUCUGGCUGGACGACGUGAACUGCUCCGGGGGUGAGGCUGCUCUCUGGGACUGCCCUGCCGGGGCCUGGGGGCAGCACAACUGCAGGCACAAAGAGGACGCAGGAGUCGUCUGCUCAGAGUUUGUGGCCCUGAGGCUGGAGAACAGCAACGGCUGCUCUGGGCGCCUGCGGGUUUUCUACAACGGGACGUGGGGGAGUGUUUGCUCCAACUCGAUGACUCCUGACACCGUGUCUCUGGUGUGCAAAGAGCUGGGCUGUGGAGAUGGAGGGUUCAUUGAAACACAUCUGCCGUAUGGCAAGGUAUCUGGCCCCGCAUGGCUGGAUUAUGUUCAAUGUGGGAAGAUGAACAGCUCCUUUUGGCAGUGCCCCUCUGCUCCCUGGGACCCGCAGUCUUGUGAUGACCAACGAGAAGAGACUCACAUCACCUGCAAUGGUAAUAAGAUUCGUGCCGUGGGAGGAGAGGACGGGUGCUCGGGCAGAGUGGAGGUUUGGCGCCGCGGCUCCUGGGGGACGGUGUGCGACGACUCCUGGGACCUGAAGGACGCUGAGGUGGCGUGCAGGCAGCUGGGCUGCGGCCCCGCGGUGUCUGCCCUGGGGGAGGCUGCGUUUGGGGAGGGGACGGGUCCCAUCUGGCUGGAGCAGGUGGAGUGCCGAGGGACGGAGCGGUCUCUCUGGGACUGCUGGGCCCAGCCCGGGGACAGCGGUGCCUGCCAGCACAAGGAAGAUGCUGCCGUGAAUUGCUCCGACAUUUCCAUCCUGCAAACAACACACAGAGCUUCCAGCCAAAAUGGGUCUCUCUGCAGGGUCCCGCUCUCCCCUCUACCUUAUGGGCUUUGUCAUGCCCUUGAUGACCUCACAUGCCUGCCCACCUGCUGCUGGCCAAUCAGCUGCUGUGAAAGGAGAGACCUCACAAUCAAACCCACCAAUGCCACCUUCACCUCCUCCUCCCUCUCACCUCCUCCCAAGCUCUCCUUGCUGCUGGGCAGCAUCUGUGAUGCUGUUGAUGACCUCAUAAUGCCAGCCUGCCCUCUUCUGGCCAAUCAGGUCCCUCUGAAUGGCAGCCUCAAGCAUAAAACUGGUCUCCCACACCUCCAGUUUAGGGUCAUCUACAAGCAUGAUGAGUGUUGCCUCCUCCAUGUCACUACUAAAGAAGAUAAACAGGAACAAGCUAUUGGCGACAUCAGUGGUGCUCCACUUCUCCCUGACCAGCAGGAUGAGUACUGCUACACAUUCACCACUGCCCUCCAAGCCUGA